AUGGACUAUGAUCGCUUCACCUCUGACGACCCAAUCGGAGAAAUAAUACUUCCAAUGAAGAAUGUCAAAUUUGCAAACAGUCCAGUUUACUGGAAACACUUACAACGUCCCACCGUGUCGAGGGAACAAUGCGGUGAAUUGAUGCUGUCCUUGUGUUAUCUUCCCGAUGUGAGUAAGAUUACCGUAAGUGUGAUAAAGGCGCGAGAUUUGAAGGCAAAGGACAAAAUGGGAAGCUCUGAUCCAUACGUGAAGCUAUGGUUAGUACAACAAGGUAAUAAACUGGAAAAGCAUAAGACGAUGGUGAAAUCUCAAACGCUGGCGCCAGUUUUCAACGAGUCGUUCGCAUUCACGGUUCCAGAAAAAGAAGUCCUUGAAAAGCACGUAAACCUUGUGGUGACGGUCAUGGACUACGAUCUCUUGUCGAGUAACGACGAAAUUGGCCACACUAUCAUUGGUCCAUUGGGUGGCGAAGCUGGUGCGCGUCAAUGGAAGGAGGUGAUAGAACAUCCAGAAACGCCACUCGCCGUAUGGCAUUACGAAGAAUUACUCGUUUUCGAUUGA